AUGUUCGAUGAAGAUGAGGAAGAUGUUUUGGCUCCAAAGGAACCUCAGGUUACUUCCGAGGACCCCGAGGAGAGGAAGGCGGCGAGGGCACUCCGCAUUAAGCGAAGACAGGAGGCGAUCAAAAGAGCGGAAGCGCCUUCUGAAGAAGCGUUGGCAGAGGAAGAGGCAGGAUUGGUGGAACAGACCACCGCCGCCGCAGCCGAGGAGCUCCAGAGGUUAGCGCUCGAUGGCGCUGCCAAGGUCACCAAUGUCAAAGUCACGGUUGAUGAGCGAGAAGUGGUUCGCCGAGCCACCUGUGCCGAGAAAAUGAAAGCCAUGUUCGAUCGAAUCGAAGAAGAGGCGGUCGACACACAGUUGGCAUACGAAGCAGUAGCCACCAACUGGGAAACCAUGCUGAGUAUAAAAGACCCUCUGGACAUCGACGUGGCAAUGAAAGAACAAAAAGUAAAGUGCGACGAGCUACUGGCGAUGAAAGAUAGCCUCAUCGAUCAGCUGAAAAACGAUUUGAAAUCGAUGGACAUAGCCUAUUAUGAAGAUCUUGAAAAACAAGAUAAAGAUAUAAAAGAACUGUCGGAAAGAGUCGAAAGACAAGUUACAAUAAUGCAGAGAGCAUACGACAAGCAGUUGAGCCUUAUAGAAGCGGCUUUGAAUGUGGAACGUGAAGAGAUGGUAGAUCAUAACAACAAGCGAUGGGAGGCGUUGUAUAAACAGAGGGAUAAGGAGGAGGUCGUUCACAUUGCUGUAAAGGCAGCUCAGUUGGAAGCGCACAAGGACGAAAUAGAAAGGAUCAUGUGGGACCAUCACGACAAAUAUCGCGAAGCGAAAACGGAACUGGAGACAUUGAUUCAAGAACUGCAGAAGGAACUGGAGAAAUUGAAAGCGACAUGUCUUAUUAACACUGAAAAGAUUGGCUACAACUACCAGGUCCUUAAAAAACGGGAGGAAGAGAACCUGUUUGUUCGUUCGCAACAAAAACGUAAACUGAAUAAAAUGUCAGACGUAGCCAACGCUCUGCGAGCUAAGAUCCGAAAGGCGGCUGAGGACGGGGCCAUUGAAGAAAUGCGGGCAGACGAGGAAAUAGUGACACUCAUGCAGGCGAUGGACAACCUCGAGAAGAAAGCUCAUCACUUUGCUCAAGUCAAUGAUUACAAGUUUAUGCAGGUAUGGCGCAUGUCUCGGGAACGUUGCAGCGAACUAUUAAAGGAACUGCGGCACGCUGAGGUGGCUCUGCAUGCGCACGUGUUAGCCGAGCCACCCCCGCCGCCGCCACCGAAACCACCUAAGAGUCCGCUUAAUAAGAAAGAAGGUGAAGUAGGUGCAGACAGCACUGUAAACCUGAGUCAGACGUCACCUGAACUUAAGAAAGAUAGAAAUUAUAAGGACGCUAGAGAAAAAUUGGUGCGACAUAUCCUGCAACUGGUAGCAGAUAACACUGGUUUCUUGGUUGAAGAUCGACUGCUAAAGCUUAUCGAGAAAUUUCAACAAAAACCGAAAAACCUUUGCACGCUGGAUGCUAUUUUUAUGGCGCUGGAGAUUCAAGCAGACGAGGAUAUUGAGCUGUUAUGCGAGACAUUCCUCAACUACGCCUUCUGUCCGAUCUGCGUGGGCUUGGAAGACGCCAUGACCGAUGUGGUCGGAGACGCCACCUCGGACGACGGCGGCGCAGCGGCCAGGAGUAGAGCGGCGUCGGCGGUACGAGCACGAGCCAGUAUUGCGAUAGCCAGGAGUCAGUCCACCAGCACUUCACGCUCCAUCCACGUUGGCUUCAGAGGCAGCGAGUUAUCUCCAGACGAUCAGCUUCUAGUGGCGGAAGCUGAUGAAAUAAUACAAAAGUGUGGCGAUCCUUCAGCUCCCCUGAUGGUUACGGGCGCGGCGUCUGACGCGGGAGGGUCGGCGGCCACGCGGCGCGCCGCCACGCGCGGUGUUGUCGUCACCACGCAGGCAGACGUGUCGGGCGCCGGGGGACCUACGAACCCCUUCUUAUGUCCUGAGGGGCAUAAUUUGGAAAUCGAACCAAUGCAAGUCCUUACAGCUCUAGGGGAAUUUAUAUCGAAGUUUGUGCCACCUGAAAAGAAAAGACUUUAUGAUAUACUUGACAGUGUCAAGCCUCCAGAUUUCUCGACCAAGUCGCGACGGUUAACCACCGAGGAUAUAGAACAAUAUUGGGCGCAGUGGAAAAACUUCUAUCCACCAGAGAAGGAUAAAUUUUGGGAGGGCAUGCUCACUGGCCUGCAGGGCUACCUCCAUACUUUGCAGGAACGAGAAAAAGUGCACAGCGAUGUAGUGGUUUUGAGGAAACGCAACGCAGCCCUGCGAAAGUUAGUUCGUGGUGCGUUGCCUGAUCUGGUGCCUAAUACAGGACCUCCUCCACAGUAUCUGCGCUCCGCACCAGCUGCAUUCACCGCCGCCAUCGAAGACCUUGCUCCGAAACCUACCCUCAGACUUCCUCCUAUAUAAAUGUUUAAACCCACUAACGAUAUUUAUCAACGUUAUGUUAAAUGAGACUCUUGAUUUAUCAAGUAUGAUGUCCUUGUACCAUUUAAUUUAUUAUUACUUUACAAAUGUA